GAGUUUCAAAGUUGUUGUUCCGUCUUCAGCAGGUAAUUUUGUGCAUUUUUGUGCUUUUUCCAACUCGGAAACUCUUUUUUCCGCUGUCUCCGACACCACAUGAAUGCAUGGUGGUUUACUGACAACCAUACAAGCUCAUUUGUCUGAGUUUCGGUCGACUAGGAGAGUGUAAAACCGGAUUGAACAAUUUUAGGAGAAACGCCUUUUGAGGGUUUUGUGUUCACAUACUGAAUGUAGCCGAUCUCCGGCUGAAGUCAAGACUUCCUCUUCCCCGCCUCAUCCCGACCAAUAGAAAGGUAGUGACACAGAAAGACAGCCAGUUUAUGUUUGUACAGAUUCAGUAUUGACGGCUUACUUUUGUACCAGGCUACACGGCAAAACACGACGGAAGACAUUAAACCAAACGACGGUAAAGUGAUUUGGAUCUACGCCUGUUGUGGACAAGCUGGUGACGUUAUCUGGAUCAAUAUGGUGGCUUUGUCAUCCGUAAUAAGACCGCUGGCUGCCCAGCUUCAUCGACACCUGAUCAGAAAAACAAAGAGUCUCCGGAUUACGCCUGACAGGAGAUGUAACCUCACGGCCUGCUCCAGUAAAUAUGUGCUUUCUCAGAUGCAUCCCAUGUGGCAGGGACCCCUUGCGGUACCAGGAGGAGAUCGCCAGUCUCCCAUUGACAUUGUUGUGCGAAAGAGUGUCUUGGAUACUGAACUGAAGCCUCUGUUAACCAAUUACGACCCGCAGACCUGCCAACAAAUCUGGAACAACGGUUACUCCUUUCUGGUCGAGUAUGACGACACUACGGACAAAUCCACACUGAAAGGGGGCCCCCUGCAAGACAAAUUCAGGCUGUGCCAGUUCCACUUCCACUGGGGUGAAAGCAAUGCCUGGGGGUCAGAGCACACAUUGGACAGGAGGCUAUUUCCUGCAGAGCUUCACUUGGUCCACUGGAACUCCGACAAGUACAGUUUGUUUGAGGAGGCAGUGAUGGAGGAAAAUGGUCUGGCUGUAAUAGGAGUUUUUCUUAAGGUUGGAAAGAGACAUGAAGGGCUUCAGAAACUUGUUGACGCUCUCCCAGCUAUCAGACACAAGGACAGUGUAGUGGAGUUCACCAGAUUUGACCCUGCCUGUCUGUUACCCACCAACACUAAUGACUAUUGGACGUACCAUGGCUCGCUGACAACACCCCCUCUGACAGAGUCUGUGACCUGGAUAGUUAUGAAGCAGCACAUAGAAGUCAGCCAUGACCAGCUGGCGGUCUUUCGGAGCCUUCUUUUUACCUCAGCCGAGGAGGAAAUACAAAAGAGUAUGGUAAACAACUUCCGUGUGCAACAGCCUCUCUGUGGUCGCACCGUCCGCUCUUCCUUCUCCCCCUUCCUACAAGAGGCGCCAUCAGCUGUGGGGGACAAGCACAGCCACUAAAACUGCUGGAUCCAUUACACACAACUUCUCACAAAGUAACACACAAUGACCCUGCAGUGACCAUACCAACACUACCUUUUAAUCUGUGCUCAAAUAUUCAAAUAUAAACUCAGAAUUCUAAUUUAUGUGUCACCCAAAUACCAAACAGUGCAAAGAGAAACGUGUUGUGAUUUUAAGGGGGAGGGGAUUAUAUGUUUAAGAUAAAGACUUGGAAAGGAGCAAACAUGCUUAAUGGCAGCUCUGGAGCCUGACAAGCCAGUGCUCUUUUUUUAAACAUGACAUUUAAAGUUAGUAGAAAUGUGAGGAUUUCUAUUAUUUUAAAAUCAAUGUCUUGGGUUUGAAGUUAGUAAUAUCAGGUCGAUAAGUAUGGCUGGUUUUCAGGAUAGUCUAACUGGUGCUGAGCUAAUGCUGAAGGUUAGAUUUGGUUGGUUAAAGUCUAUUACAAAGCAAUACAGUACAUACAAAUAAAUGUAGCAAAAACGUCAACACAAGCACACCUAUGCUUAACUGUAUAACUUCAAAUGUUUAUUCAAUUCAAAUUCAUAGCUCUUGAUUUUUCCAGAAGUGCCUUUGUUCCACAGAAAACAUUCACAACCAGUGUUACUUUGAUGUUUAAGCAGAAAGAGAUUUUGUUUCAUCAGAAAUUACAUUUGUGCAUGUGUGAGACAAGGUCAGCAAAGAGGGAAAACCCUGCUGCUUUGUCCCCCGGUUUAGCCAAAUCAAACAUGUUUUUCAUCAAGUGGCCUUAUGCCAAUUACAUAGACAUCUACCUUUAAAGCAAAAAAACCUAAAGGAUUUCCUCAGAGGAUCUUUGGGUGGUAGAUUUGUAUUUUUUGGGUGGGGGGUGGUUACAUUAUAUAUAACAGUUAACUGUUUUUACAUAGAGGCAUAUCCUUAUUGACCGAUGUUUUUGUUGUUAUAUACUUACCGGUACAUUUUGGGGUUACUGAAUUAUUUGUUUUUUGGUUUUAAUGGUGAAAACAAAUAACCAAUAUGGUGUGGUUGCUGUGGGAAAAGUAUGCAUUUCUACUGAUUUAUGAACAUGAAUGAUUAAUUAUGUGUUGAGCUUUUAUUAGCUCAUUGUUCCUAAUUUGUACUGCUACUGCAAUAACAGUUGGUAAAAAAGCAGAGUUUACCCAAAUAAUGACAAAAUCACAAAGCAAACCUGAGCUAACUGGUGUUAGUUGCAGAAAUGUGUAAAUAUUUAUUUCAGGAUGAAUGCUAACAGGUUAGAGAAGUCACACUGUAUUCUUGAGCUGCUUCACCCAGACUCAACUCUAAUGAUCUAACAAGAUCAAAAAUCCAUUUGUUACAGUCAUUAUCAAAGGCAUACUAAAGGUACAGACACAGGGCUGGCAGUGAACUGACACUCAGCUAGACACAUGUUAGUAGAUUACAGCAGAAGGCUUUGGAGAUAUUAAACUGAAUGGAUUUUAAAGUUACAUUGUUUUGUAAUGAGAAUUCUGAACUGAACUCAAAAAUUUUAUUUUAUUUCAAAAUAAAAGUAUGCUACUUUCAAAUGACUUUAGUAGACCCAUAAAACACUGUUGAGGAGAUUUCCUUAGGGUACUAAAUAUACAGGUGACAUCGUGGGACCAGCUGAUAUAAAAGCCUUGUGUAUCACCUCUUCACUAACAGUGUAUAGAGCAUAUGUUUAUAUUGGCACAAGAGAGAAUUAAUGUUAAAGCCACGCGUCACCUCCGGGCUAGCCUCUACUCUAUCAGCUUCCACAGUGUAAUAUUAUCUCUUGUACAUAAUUUCAUUCUCUUGUCCUUCUGAAAAAAGUGAAUCUAGCACACUUAAACUCUUCACCUUCCAUUUUCAAGACAAAUCAUCAUAUCCUACAUGACAUGCUGUACCUUAUCCUGAGCUUGAAUGGCUAAUCACUAAGAUAAAUUGCACAUUCCUCUGUCCAACAACACCGCAGACACAGUCCAGACAAGGAUUUUGCAAGGGCAAGCUUAUGUAACCUUACAUUAUCAAAAUAAGUCUUUUAGUCUGCCUGUUUUUGUGGAUGUCCAACAAUUGUGGUGCAUUAGCUGAAUCUAACAAUGCACUACUAUUAAUAAGAGGAAUUGGAGAUAGAGGAAGAGGUAGAAAAAAUGGAUAUUUAGGGGGCAUUAAAGGGUCUCACCAAUGCAAGAAGUAAUGAUUUGCAGAGUAUUUAGGCCAUGUCUUAUUUUAAAUCUUUCACUUUGGGGCAGGAAAGAACAAUUAAAUGUUUAAUAAAUAAACAAAAAGCAUCAAAGAAAGUGAAUCUGGAAAAAUGCCUACGGGGCCCAAGGAUUUAGAUGGCAGAUAACAUUUAUUUAUUUUAAUUAAGUUUACUCUAAAUGGAAUUUGAUGAGGAGCAUUGAUAACACUUAUAGGAAAUUUUACAUGGUUGCCUUUUUUCUUUCUUUACAAGUGAUUCAUUAUGCAUUAUGUUCAUUACAUAAACAUGGGAACAAGGGACCCAUUACUGUCUUCAUAUAACAGCUGUAUUUUUUAUAUGCACCACGAUUGGCCUUCAAUGCUGAUAUCUUUCAUAUUGCAUCAGAAAUAAAAAAAAUAUGUGAUUUUUUUCUGUAUUGCUAUUAUGUCUUUGAGGAGUAUAAAGUGCCCCUUUUUUUAUUUUCUCAUUUCUUGUACUGUCGGGCUUUGUACAAAUGAAUGUGUUACAAAAUGCUGUCAUCAGGCUGUUAUUUCUCCAUAAUGCUUUACACUCUGCACAUCUUGAACUCUGUAGUUGGUGUGAUGUUUAAGCAGGUGUUUUUCAACUAUGCAGUCUAUAUUUUAGCUAUUUAUUUUUCCAAUGGGUAGUAGACAUUCCUGCCCUGCGGGACUUCAGUGGGCCCUCUCCCCUCUCAGUAUGCUCUGCUCCACCUGGAUCCUUUUAGGCAAAGAUAUGUUGCUGGGAAGCAUUUUUUCUCCCAGAGAUGCCUGCUCCUUGGGGGGGGAAUGUUGAAAAGAACCCAAAAGCAUCCCAUGAUGGAAGUGUAAAGAUGAUUUUAAAGACAAUGACAUUUUUAUUGACGAUUCUUUUUACAAUAAAAUAAUGUGUUAUGUGAAAAGGA